UCGCUAAAAAACCAGAAAAGAGACUAACUCUACCAUGCUCAACUCAACCAACCGCGUCUUAUUUCUUCUUUUCUUCUUGUUCCUCGUACUUCAAACAACAUCGUUAGCCUCAGGGUCCCCCGUUCAUGAAAGGACCUUCCAUAGACCCGAUCCCUUACAACAUUUCAAAGACUACAAUGGAGGUUUCGACCUUCGAAACAACCAUUACGUGGCUUCUGCGGCAUUUACAGGAGUCCAUGGAUACGCAUUCGCCUGCGUUUGGUUGCUAUGUGGGUUGGUUUUGGCCAUUUUCCUUAUACUGAAGUGUCUAUGCGGUGGCUCUGCUACAUUAACUAGUUUGGACCAUUACCAUCUCCACAUUUUCUUUCUACUUCUCUUCUUCACAUCUCUCGCCAUAAUUGCUUCAAGUUUUGUCAUGGCAACGAGUCAGAAGACCCUAAAGAGGACAGAAAAACUGAAAGAAUCCGUGGUAGGUAUAGGAGAAGAUGCUCUUGGGACCCUAGGCAGAGUAAUAAGAACAACGAACCAAAUGCAGCUUCUUUUGCUUCCGUACAAUCCGCAAAUGUGUGAGAGUUUGAAUUCCACCACUCAAGACCUCAGAACUAACUCGCGUGUGAUACGCCGUUUUAUUGACAGAAGUGAACAAUCAUUCGACCGGGCCACUCAUACAUCAUAUGUAGCACAUUUCGUUGUUCUAACCGUCAACUUGGUGACACUGGUUGCAGCAAUAGUUCUAAUGCUGCUGUAUUGGCGUCCUGGGUUUAUAAUCAUAAUUUUUUGCUUUUGGAUCAUAACAAGCCUGUGCUGGUUCUUGACUGGCUUUGAUUUCUUCCUUCACACCUUUGCAGAAGAUGCAUGCACUGCUUUUGAAGACUUCGAAAAAGACCCACAAAACAGUAGCCUGGGGUCAAUGUUGCCAUGCAUGAAUGAAUCUUUCUCUGGGAAAUUGAUAGUUCAAAUUGGCUACACCAUCCACAGAUUUGUAGUUGAGUUGAAUUCUAAUAUGUCGGUGAUUUAUCGGGUCUUAGGAGUAAGUGCAGAAAAUGAAGAACUAUUGGGAGUCAUAAAAAUUUGUGACCCUUUCCCUGGACCCUCAAACCUUAACUACAUUCCACAAAGCUGCCCUAAUAAUGUCAUUAGGAUUGGUGAUUUAUCAAAAAUUCUUGCAAAAUUCACCUGUCACGAAGAGGGCACAGGAGAAGAAUGCAAAAAAGAGGGAAGAUUUCUUCCUGAAGCCUCAUACAACAUGGCUCAUGCCUACAGCAGAUCCAUCCAGGAUUUGCUGGAUAUCUAUCCAGAAUUGCAAAGACUGUCAAAAUGCACAGUUGUGAAGAACAAAGUUGCUGAAAUUGUCUCAAAUCAAUGCAAGCCAAUGAGAGUUUCAACUAAAUUGUUAUGGUCAUCUAUGUUGUCUCUCUCCAUUAUUAUGGUAGUCUUGGUAUUCACCUGGGUGGCAAAGGCUCUUCAAUGGGAAAGACCACUUUCUAUAUAUUCUAGGACCCCAGAAUCAAUAUAGGAAGUUUUAUUAAUUUUCAAACUUAAAAAAGGUAGAAUGUCAAACAUAGGUGCAACUUUUUUGCUUUC